AAGCUUUGGCAGCGUAAGCCAUUGCACACAACUUUUUUUUAUUCGCCCUCGGAUUCCAGUGCCCUUAUUGCUGAUCCUUUGGUUCGACGACAUGAAGCUCUCCAUUAUUGCUCUCAUUACCAGUUUAGGAUGUGCUUCCGCCUUUCAGCCAGCUACUUUUGUCCGUCCGAAAACGACGGCCUUGAGCAUGGGAUUUGAUCUCUCCGGCAACAGCUGGAAGCCGGACAGUGAGAAAAUGGGCAGUACUGAUACUGGAGAUUACUUUCCAGAAGGCUACAACAAGGAUGAAGAGGUAGCAUUCUCUUCGGGAAUGAUGGGAAGUCAGGCGAUGUUGAACAGCGAACACGAUGGGCCACAAUUGCCUGGUUUGGAAAACGUGGGAGCGGACGCCAUCAUGAUGGGAGGAAUUGAGCAAAGCUCCGAGAUUCCCGCAGGCAUGGAAUUCAUUCCUUCUUCUGUUCCGGACGGCGAAUACCUCAUAAAUGUUGCGGCGAGCUCGUCUGGAAGCGAAAUGGCUGUCAGUGUUAAAUCCCCAUGCAUGACGUUUGAAGACUUCUUCGCCGCCUUCAGUACGGAUUCCCACCCUUCUUUUUCGGUGACUCCGCAGGCGGGGAGGAUGGAUCGCCGCAGUGGCGAGCCGACCGAGUUUAAAGUCAAGUGCGAGCCCAACGGAGCUUCGGGGGAUCUCACGGGCCGCUUGGUCAUCAAUCUUCCAGAGGACAACUCCAAGCUUACCUACACAUUUGUAGCCAAAUCUUUCUAAUGUUUGUCAGCUAUUGAACAGGCUUUCGAAAAUGUCAAGUUAGACUAUAGUUAACAGAGCGUAUUGGUAGAUGAAUCAAGCAUAUUGAUUGCAAAACAGGAGCAAGCCGCAGUCAACAACUGUUCCAGCACCCUUUUUGGGUAGAUCAAACAAUUUUCUAUUGUUUUGAGGGUUGACAAUUACGACAGCCACAACAGCGGUGGAAUUAUUCAACCCCGAGACCCUUUCCACUGCGAAUUUGGGCCCACCUUUGCGAAUUUAAGGCGAUUGGCUUGUUGGCGAAAGCGUUAGUCAUUGUGUCCCUGUGUUCUUCUCCCCACGAUUGGAGAAUUUCGUGUUUGUUCUCGGGCCGGAUACGAAGAUCCUUGUAGUAGCCUAGGUUCCGAAACCCCACGCCAACCAUGAAUGUCAGGG